AUGGAAACAGCAGUGAUUGGCAUGGUGGUGGUGCUGUUUGUGGUCACCGUAGCCAUCACCUGCCUCCUCUGCUGCUUCAGCUGUGACUCGAGGACCCAGGAUCCUCAGGGGGGCCCUGGCCGCAGCUUCACAGUGGCCACGUUUCACCAGGAGGCUUCUCUCUUCACGGGGCCGGGUCAUCAUGCCCAGCCGCCGGUGGCGGGUGCCCGGGACUUCUGGACCUUCAUGUGAGGCCUCACAGUCCCCAGGAUUUGUUCUGCUGGUGGGUCAGACCCACUCACCCCCCAGUAAGCCUUCCCUGGUGUCCCACUCCUCCAAGGCUGUAUUGGGCGAACUCCCCGUCCCAGCCCAGCCCAGAUUGCUGUGCCCGCCAGCCUGGGAGAUCCGCAGGGCUGGGACCAUGUGGAAUUCAGCUCCGAGCCCUGAGAGUUCAGCUGGACCCUACCCACAGGCUGGGGCCUAGGAGAGGCCUGAAGAGUGAGUGACUGACUGGGUAAAGUCGGAUGGAACUGAGGCCAGCUCUUCUGAUUUACCGGGGACUGCAAUAUCACUGGAGCUGACUGGGCACAGAGCGCUAGUUCGCUCAGGUUACCCCAGCGUGCCCGUACAACUGGUUCUAUUGCCACCAGAAGAAACAGUGCCCCCAAGUGGACAUUUUUACAUUUUUAUCUGCCCCUUUGAUCGAGUCGUUCUGUUCCUUGCAAGGGCACAUUGCACAGAAUCCAACCCUGAGACCUGUCCCCUGUCGGUUGCCUGAAAUCAGACCUGCAAUUCUGCAACCAAAGGGCUGCUUCCUUGGGAACAAGUGAUUUAUUU